AUGAAGCGAAUCGCUUUAUUUUUGGCUCUGAUUCCUAUAUUCCACGCGAUUUUUCUUCGCGAUCCCGUUAUUCUAUCGGAUAAUCAGCAGCUGAAAUCCGGAAAAAAUAGAUAUGAAGAAGGGUAUUUGAAAGUGCCAAUUGAUCAUUUCUCGUUCAAUAAUGACUACGAAUUUGAACUCAGAUACUUCUUGAAUACUACUCAUUAUGUUGAAGGUGGUCCGAUAUUGUUUUACACUGGAAAUGAAGGAACCCUUGAGGCGUUUGCUGAGAACACUGGAUUUAUGUGGGAUUUGGCCCCCGAGCUCAAAGCAGCUGUCGUAUUUGUUGAGCAUCGAUUUUACGGCAAAUCGCAGCCCUUCAAGAGCGAAAGCUACAAGAACAUCAAGAAUUUGGGAUAUUUGUCGUCACAGCAAGCACUUGCCGAUUUCGCGUUGGCAAUUCAGUAUUUCACAAAGGAGAAAAUCGCCGGAGCGUCGGAAUCGCCGGUGAUUGCGUUCGGAGGAUCGUACGGCGGAAUGCUCGCCGCGUGGCUUCGAUUGAAAUACCCGCAUCUUGUUGACGGAGCAAUUGCCGCUUCAGCUCCAGUCUUCUGGUUCACCGAUUCCGACAUUGCCGACGAUACCUAUGAUUUUAUCGUCACUCGCGCUUUCCUUGACGAAGGCUGUAGCAGAAAAGCAAUCGACAAGGGAUGGUUGGCAUUGAACGAGUUGUCGGCAACUGAGAAUGGCCGGAAAUUCCUCAACGAAUUGUUCCGACUCGAUGAGAAAUCAUUGAUCGAUAAGAAAGAGGACGUCGAGUUUUUGAAGGCUUAUAUUCGCGAAUCGUUUGAAGCCAUCGUUAUGGUCAAUUAUCCAUAUGAAUCUUCGUUUUUAAGCCCACUUCCAGCAUGGCCUGUUAAGGAAGCUUGCAAGUUCGCUCAGGUGCCAGGAAAAACGGUUGAAGAAAGUGCUGAACAACUCUAUAAGAUUGUUAAUCUUUACUACAACUACACGGGAACCAAAACGACGCAUUGCGCGAAUGCUGAAAAAUGUGAGAACGCGUUUGCGUCUCUCGGCGAUCCGCUUGGAUGGCCAUUCCAGACAUGCACUGAAAUGGUGAUGCCAUUGUGUGGAAGUGGAUAUCCAAACGAUUUCUUCUGGAAUGAUUGUCCAUUUACAAUUCCAAAGUGGUCCGAAUAUUGCAAGAAGACAUUCUCAUCGAUUGGAUAUAACUCGACACUUCUUCGACCAACUGCCGGCGGCAGAGCAUUCGGAGCCAAAAAGAUGCCAAUUUCAAAUGUCGUAUUCUCGAAUGGAUAUCUUGAUCCAUGGUCUGGCGGCGGUUAUUCGAAGAACGAUUCGGUUGAAGGAUCAGUUGUCUCAGUUAUCCUUAAAAAAGGAGCUCAUCACUAUGAUUUGCGUGGAGCUCAUCCUCAAGAUACCGAAGAGGUGAAGAAGGUGAGAGCAAUGGAGACGGAGCAAAUCAAAAAAUGGAUAAGCGAGAAACUUUUGGGCAAAUUCAUGAACGUCAAAAAAUGGGAUUAUAGCGCUGUGGGUCCUCAUAAUAAUUCGCUUACUAUUUAA